AUGGCUCCUGCGCCUCGGCGCGGAAACUUUCUUGGCCAUCGCCGUCGCGUCGAGGACGAGGUUGAUGGUGACGCCCGUCCGGACGGCCUCGAUGCCGAUGACGACUCCCUAACGGACGGUACCAUGGCCACCGAUGGUCAUGAUGCCGCCGCCGACAGCGACACCAGCAACAUCGAGGACGCCUCGCCUACGUCUGGCCCCGGUCCACAUGCAUCGAAUGGCUCUGCCAAGUCGCAGUUCAAGCGCUUGUCCAAAGCAACGCUGCCUCCUGCCCCUGCCGCGGCGCAGGCGGCAUCCGUCGCGAACCCAACCACCGAAGGCCAGAAACAGUCACAGCAGACACAGGCACAAGCCAGUAACGUUGUACCAUCGCCACCGAGAUCUCCAUCGGCACCCGUUAUUGUUAGCUCUGCCUCGGCUAUGAGGCCCGCUGGUCGUGACGCAAACGCCCGACGCCAGAAUGAAAAUUAUGACUACAUCCGCCGCCGAGACCAAGACCCUGCCUUUGUUCCCAAUAGAGGCGCAUUCAUCAUGCACGACUCCAGACAGAUCCCGGGCCACCCAAACAAUGCCUUUCGUGGCCUUGGUCGUGGUAGAGGACGGGGUGGUCGCGGUGGCUUUGCCAGCAACGGUUAUGGUCGCAUAGGACCCAUGUAUCCGCCGGCCGACCCAACGACGAACUCGAUUUGGCCUCAUGACAUGCAUGAUGCCAUUUCCAUGCCACCCCGCUCCCGGCAAUCCCGUCAAGUGUCCAUGGACGAAGGGCCGCCAAACGGCAACGGCUUCAUCCCCACCUGCAAGGAGAACGACACACCCAUUAACCGAACUCUGUCCACUGAAAAGCACAUCGGAAAUGUUCAGGUCCGCGUCUAUCUUCCUAACAUGAAGGAGCCAACAGUAUACUCGGGCAUUCAGAUGAAGCAGUACACCAAGCUUCCGGACCAUCGGCCGCCGCUUCGUAGGGAUAAGCCAGUCCGCAUUUCCCUUCCUCAAAGGGGCCCUCGAUACAUCUAUCCCGCUUUGGACCGGUCAUUCGAGUUUAUCCCGAGAGCUCUUCGGCCCAACCAACAGCACCGUGUCCGCGGCAAACCCAGAUCAGGCUUUGGCUCUGGGAGCGGCUUCUCCCGCCGAACCAGCAACUUUGGUGGCAGCUAUAUCGGCAGCAUGUACUCUCCCAGCCUGGGGCUCAGCCGUAGGUCAUCCAUUGUUCACGACAGAGAAUUCAUGUUUUCGCCAACUGGAUCCGUCAUUUCUCGCGGACCGCAUCCAUGCGACAGGCCUGUCGUUCGUCUUCCUCCUGCUAGCCGAAUGGACAUGAUGCCAGAUAUCGGUACCCAGUUUGGACCACCCAUGCCCAUGCAUAUGCCCAUGAAUAUGCCCGUGGCCGCGCCGAUGCCCAUGCCUAUGCAGGAAAUGCCACCGCCAAGCAGGAUGGAUGGCAGCUCGAUGGACGCCUCGGUGGCCACACUGCCUAUGCAUCAGCCUCGGCCCCAGAAGAACAUCUCCGUGGCACAUAUUGAGUCGCCCAGCAUGCCGCAGAGCGGUCCGCCUUUUCAACAGGCUUUCCACCAGCAAGUUCCCAUGCAAGUUGGUGGUGGUUACCAACCAGAUAGCCACUCUAGGAGGCCGUCAUACUCGCAGCGCGUAUCUGGUACGCCACUGUCGCAUAUUCCAGAGCGACCUGUACAUACUGCGCCGUACAGCGGCAACGCGUAUCCCCAACAGGGCUACUACCAAGGCCACCCUCAACCCGUCCAGACCACUCAGCAAGGUUACUAUUACCAGGGGGGCUACGCCGGAGGCAGUAUGAAUGGACAAGCAAGCGGCUACCCUUCCAAUGCGCCAAGUCCGAUGGCCGGCAAUUAUGCUAUGCAGGGUCAGAUGGAGCAGCAGGCAGGCCAGGUGGGAGCUUCUUCCGGGUCCAACAACCUCGUUGCGCAAGAAGUCAACGGCAUGGUGUACUACUUCGACCCUUCCCAGAUGCAGCCACCUACCACCUACCCUCCGUACCCAUCGGCGCAGACUUACCCGACGAGCUCCAUGGGCAUGCACGGGAUGAUGACGCCGAGCCCCGAUACCUUUUAUUACCCGCAAACCGCCCCGGGCAUGGUUUACUUUCCACAGUAG